UUUAGUGGUUGUUGAUGACACUUUUCCUUCACAAGGACGGCUAAUAUUACUUUGUGACGGCAGGCGGCUGUAGUGUGUGGUUAAUGACUGGCGGAGGCGCAUGCAUGGAGCUCGAGCACUAAACUGAAGUGUCGCAGUUUGUGUAGCUCAGAAGUGUUGUUGUUUGGAUAAGAUCAAAUCAGACCCUGGCAUUACCAACAGGCUCUGUGAAUUAUUCUUCUUGGUGGUUUGUGAUGUAUGAAUGGAUAGUUGACGGACUGUCGUCGCUGUUCGUGCCGUUUUCUGUUUUUUCUGGAGGGAAUUCUACGAGCUAUCCUGUGGACAACCCGCCAUUAGCAGCAUCAACACCAGCCACCGUCACCAUUCCCUCUCAACCACAACAAUUGCUACAAGAAAAUACCAGAGCCGCCAAGCGUAACUAUCAAAGUGUCCAUUCUCCUGAUGGUACAUCUGACCACCUGGAAAUCAAAAGACCAAGACGAGAUGUGAUUGUCAGAGUUGUCAAGAAGACCUUUGCAGGGAUUGCUGGGCUGCUUCGUUUGCGACAACACAAGUCAUGCCAACAUGGAGGUGACAAAGAUUAUAGACAAGCACAGGUUGAAAAUGUUUCUUUGAUGGGAAUUGAUGAAAUUCAUAGCAAUACUCUAAAUAAGUGGAUGAUCAGUGGAAAUGGUGAAAUGGAGAAACAGAAAGAAAUGGGGUUUACUAAUAAAGAGAAGACUGUUCCUAAUUUCUGUGUGGGUGCACAGCCCCUGAUAAGGAAACCUAAUGGAGGAGCGAUGCUGUAUAUGGGAAACCAGGACAGACCAAGAGAUCGGCCACAGAGGAGGUCGUUACAGCUGCUUCCAUCACGUCCAGGACUUCCUGAGAUAGGUCAACCCAGUCGAACGCACAAACACUGCCUCGCUGUGGAGGAGGCCUUGAAGGAAAGUGAUCGAAAGCACUACAGGAGGCUGGUGGAGAUGGUCUCUGAGAAGUACUCAAAGAAUAAACCACUACCAUUUGGACGCAAACCACCAAAUACUACUUUUCCCUCGGAUGGUUCAAAAUCUCUUGGCCGUCUUUCCGAGAUCAGCAAACCUGUACCAAUUAAAGUAAACCCCCAUGUGCCCAUGUGGAGGGAUCCAACUUCAGCAAAUCACACCAGAGAAAGACUGGUUAUAACUAGCAGUGCCCUGGUCAGUGAUUCUAGGAAUUACAAACCAGAUCAGUCUUUGGACAGAGCCAAGCCAGUAGAUGACGUAGAUUUGUCUGUAGAAGUAGAAACAAGGCUGAACCUAAAGGAGAGAGAACCAAGUGCAUUGUCCCAGCAAACAGUGCAAAUAAGGUCUGAAUCGCUCCUUGACACAGGGAGGUGCAGUGAUGAGGAGUUUCCCAGGUUGACUAAGGAAAUGCAGCAGGAGGUGAGUGCUGCUCUAGCACAGAGAGAUCCAAAUCUGGUUCUAAGCAGUGCUUUCAAACUGCGCAUUACACAGAGAGAUUUGGCAACCCUGCGGGAGGGUUGCUGGCUCAAUGAUGAGGUGAUAAAUUUCUACCUUAACCUAGUAAUGGCACGUUCGGAGCAGGAUGAGGGUGCUUUGAAGGUCUACUGCUUUAGUACCUUCUUCUUCCCCAAGCUUCAUGGGGGUGGCCAUGCUGCUGUCCGUCGUUGGACCAAGGCUGUUGAUCUUUUUUUGUACGAUGUAAUCCUUAUCCCCCUCCACCUGGGUGUCCACUGGUCUCUUGCAGCUGUUGACUUCAGAAGAAAAUCUGUGCGGUCAUUUGACUCCAUGGGCCAGAGACAUGAAGACAUCUGUGACCUGAUAUUGAUGUAUCUAAAGGAGGAGUGCAACGUUAAGAAAGGAAAGGAUUUGGAAGUCUUGAAGUGGACAGUGACCAGCUUACGGGCAUCUGAACUUCCUCAGCAAAAGAAUGGGAGUGACUGUGGUGUGUUUGCAUGCAAGUAUGCUGACUACCUUGCCCGUGGACAUCCCUGUACUUUUAGACAGUGUCACAUGCCCUAUUUCCGGAAGGCGAUGAUCUGGGAGAUUCUGAAUCAGAAGCUGCUCCAGUAGGAGGUUAAUUGACAGACUGAACUUGACCAAAGCUUUGGACCACAUUAUAUUUAUUCUCCACAUUUAUCUUCAGAGAUUUAUUUGUAGUGCCUGUUUCAUCUCUGCCCUGUUUGUUUAAAUUGGUCUAAGGUUGGACAUUAAGGCAGAGGAUUGAACCUUGUUUAGAUGAAUCGGUAUGUGGAGUUUUUCUUAUUUUUUUUUUUCAAAGCAUUUUGUCAUUCCUGGAAUUCGUAUCACCCCCAGGGGUUUCUGUAUGUGUUCUGUCUCGUUUCUAAACUUGGACUAUAGUCGGAGGACAUACGCCUACACUAAUAGUAAGCAGGACGGUCUAUUUAAGGUGCUGUUAAGUUGAAAGGUAAAACAUCUUUAUAUUUUAUACUCCUCCAAUCUGAUUGGCUAACGGGUAAUUUUAUGCAGUGAACAUGUUUUAUGUUGACUGAUGUAAAUAUUGUGUGAAGGUUGUUACUAAAAAGAUGUCGAAUAACAUUUUCAUUUUGAUAUCAUAAACAUGGGAGCAGAAACUUUGCACAAUCUUUCUUUUUUCUUGACGUGGUCAUGUGCACUAAACCUUAAUUAAUUUUAGACACUGGCCACCAUGUUUCAUAGUUACAAACUAUUUAUUGCUACAGGAGUCAGGAGUGUGUUAGUCAAUUCAGCUGGGUGUGAAAAGUAAACAUUUUAUAGUUGCUUACAGCAACCGUAAGCAAUGUCUGAAGUGAAUGUAUAUGAGAUUUUUGGUACUUGAGCUGUGUAGUGGAAUCAACAAUAUUUAUUUAUGUGCAAAUAUGUAAACCCAGCCUCAAAGUGCCUUGAUGCAAGCUUUCUUUCUCAUGUACUUUAAUCUGCAGUACUAAUUAGACCAGAUAGUAGGUGUGAGAACUUAAUUAUCUAGUAAAACUAUUCAUCAAUGCACAUAUCUAGAUUUUAAAGUGGAUUUUUUAAAAACAUUGUUUAAAAGUACAUUUACUUUGUGGGUUUCUAAUGCAGCAUCACCCUGAUGAAUCUAGUGGAAUAGGGAGAGAAAGAGCAGCAUCCUGAUCUGCAUUCCAAGCAUUAAAUUAAAUUGUUAAAAACUAUGGUAGUGUGUGACUAUACUAGCUCUGUGACUUCCAAGUUACAGCACAAGAACCAAACACUAAUUAUAAUUGAAAACGUCUGUUUGAUCUACAGUGAUUCUUGAUGGCUGUUGGUGUAUGCAAAGCAAAUUAUUUCUUGCUUUUCUUAGCUUGGAUCUCAAAGUGAAUAGUUAUAAACUACUGUUUGAAUAAACUGUUCUCCUUUUUUAAACAUUUAAACAUACAAAGCUGCCAAGUAAACAGCAAGAAUAGGUCAAACUAAGAGGGGAAAACAAUCCAACCUAGAACUGUUUUUCUUUUUAACAGCAGUCCCUGAAUUCUAAUCAUAGUAAAUUGCAAGGUGUCCAGAGAUUGCACCUCUCCCAGUUAAUGAGAAUUAAGUACUAAAACACUACAGAAACGCUACUGAUUAUAUGCUGUGUGUAUAGUUCUGGUGUGCAAUAGCAAGGCAGAGGAAUUGUUAUUUUUAUCUUUAAUGAGCUGUUAAAUCUGCGUCUAUAAUACAGAUUAUAACCUAUAAUGCAAGUGUUUAGUUAUGAGCUGGAACCACAACAGUGUAACUGAUGCCAAAUAGAGAGGUUUUUUCUUCUUUUUCAUCCUGUGCAUGCUUGUGGAAUGCCCUUUAACUUGAGCGGUUUGCAGUUAGCAUUUUCAUCUGUAGCCUGUUUGUUGCAUUACCUUAUUAAGUUGCAACAUUUUUGCCAAACAUAUUUGUUUUAAGGAUCUACUGAUCCUAAAAUUAAUAUUUGGGCUAAUCCUAUGUUACAAUGCUGGAUCUGACUUCAAAGUCUUUUAAAGUGGAAGUGGCUUCUAAUUGUAUACUAUAUGCAUUGGAUUACUAUUCGUAUUGGCCAAGAUUUAAUAAAGUUGAGAAUUAAAAUGGAGAUUUCUUGAAUAAAUGAAUAAGAUUCUUACUCUUUACAAUUUCUACACCAUUUUUUUCCUGGAUGUAUCUGCAAAUCAAAAAUACUACUUCAUGCUAGUUUAUUCUAUUCUACUUUAUGCAAACUGAAAGCAGGAGGCUUGUUAUAUAAGUUCAUUUUUGGUUGGGCUUGCAUAUAUUAUCUUACAAGUGAUGGUGAGAAUGAGGAGUGUGAUGUGAAUGCGAUUGUUUUGCUGUGUGCAUUACUAAAGAGAUGUCGAGGUCUACUGUAUAUGCUGUUUCAUGUAGAAGGUUGGUAAUUAUUUUUUUAAGUAAUAAAGAACUGGAGAAGAAA